UUCAUAAGGUCGCCUGUAACCGUCAGAUGUUCCACUAGGAGGGCUGGCAAUAUGGCGACAAUCGGAAGAACUCAUUUUCUCCUCGGGUUCCUGUGGCUUUGGGCCGCCGCGGUGUGGGCACAGGACACGGGAGGACAGCCGCAGGUAUGGCCCUCCUAUCGUGUUGAUGACCUGGACCCGGAGAAGCAACAGUGUCUAGAGACCGGAUGUUGCGUGCGUGGGCCCCCGGGCAUGCCGGGAACGAAUGGCAUCCCUGGGGGCAACGGUGUCCCAGGAUCCCCCGGGAUCAGCGGGAAGGACGGGCUGAAGGGAGACCGGGGCAAGCCGGGAAGACCGGGCAAGCCGGGAAUCAAAGGUCUGAAGGGGGAGCCGGGGUCAUCCGCCGCGCUGCGAGCACCCAACAUCAAGCAGUGCGCCUGGCGCAAACUUAGUGACGACAGGGAUAACGGCAAAAUCAAGGAAUGUCCUUUCAACAAACGGGCCAGCAAUUCUUCUCUACGUGUCCUGUGGAAUGGUGCACUUAGAGUCACGUGUCCUACCGGCUGCUGCAAGCGGUGGUACUUCACCUUCAACGGGAUGGAGUGUUCGGGCCCGCUGCCGAUCGAGGGACUGGUCUACACAAGGGCGGGCAAUGGCAUGAACGGACUCAACAUCCACCGGGUUUCCACAAUUGAAGGCAUCUGCAGCGGAGUCCCACAAGGUCGGGUAAACGUGGAGUUAUCUGUGCGCAACUGUGACGGCAUCAGCCACAGCGGGAACGCCUACACCGGCUGGAACUCCGUCUCCAGAAUCAUCGUGGAGGAGAUCAUGCUUCCUGAAGAUUCCAACGUUAGCUCGCGGUAAAGGGCACGUGAACACGGCCUCUGCAUCACGUGUACAGAGCCAUUGUACCAUGUGCACACAGUCUCUGCAUCACGUGCACCAGAGCCAUUGUACCACGUGCACACACAUUCUGUAUCACGUGAUAGUCACGUGCAUCACGUGACACAGUGCAAUACCUUCAGCUGCAAUACCUUAUAUAAAAACUAUACAAGAGGUUGUGAAUGCAAUUCAUCUAUUUGAAUCUGCUGCGAGUAUGAAAUUAUCAAUUACAAUAUUCCGAGAGUAUCUGAAGUGUAGCUUAGAAUCAUGAUCUUGAAGAAAAAGUACAUAUGAUUUAAGAGAAACUCAGAAAGAUGAAAACAGUGUGUACAAAAUUUCCUCUAAACCAAUACCUGUGUAUUCAUAUACCAAUGACAUUAUACAGUAUAUAAUGUCCUUCCAUAUACAUACAGAUCAUGACAAAUCAUCAGCAUGGCCAGGUUGAUCAAUGUAAGCAUAUUUCACGAUAUCUUCCCUAAAAAAAACCUAUGACUUUUUAUGUACGUUGAUAUUUUUGACAUAUAGAAAAGGAACCAUGAAAGAUUGUCACUACCCUUCUGUCAGAAUAUGGUGUAUGGACCUUUAGGUUUGAAACAUAGUGUUAUUGCAAAAAAGUUGUUUUAGCAAAGAAGUAUAUAUGUAAGUUUGAUUGGUGCUAUGUAUGUAGAACGUAGGACGUGAUAACAGAUAUAUGUAUGGCUUACACAUGAGGAAGAAAGAGUGGUUCAAGUUAUGAUAAAUUCAUCACACGGAGGAGCGUUGAUUACGGUUUUGAUAAUUGUGGAAUGAUAUAUUACUCGGGUAGCUUUUCUAUGUGUUGUAUGAGUAUGUAGAUGUUGGUAUGUACAUGGAGUUAGAAGGUAUGUAGUAUAGCUCAAUACCCAUUAUGAUAACGUAAAGUAAAAUCUCCUUAUGUUGAACAAAGUCAUCGUACACCAGCGAUAGUAUAAUAUAUAUAAUAUACACCAUCCUUCCUGCUAUGUUCAAUUUUCUCAGUAUAAUUAUCAGCACAGUGACCCACAAACAUCCGAUGUAUGGCUUUGCAAUUGAAAAAAAAAGA